AUGAGAACUGAAUUGAUUGCAAGAAACUUUAAAAAAGUGAAGAUUAUGAUUUAUCUUAUAAUAAAAUAUGAAUUAUAUUAUGCUAGAUUGACAUUUAAAGUAACUUUAAGAAAAAUUCUCUAGAUAAAUAAUAAAUUAUUGAAGUAAUUAUAUUAUGAAUAUUAUAGGAAUUAGAUAAGAAAGAACACUAAGCAAAUUAAAUCGUUCAACAUUUGUCGGAUAACAAAGAAAGUAUAAUCAAGAAUGGAAGAACUAAAAAAGUGA